CAUUAAUAUCAUUUUGUGUAUGGAAAAUAUCUAUAACAUUUUCUAAAUAUUAUUAGAAAUAUUUUCUAUAGAAAUAUACAAGAUUAUUAUUAUCCCAAAUUUUAAUCUUUAUAUUUUAUACUACUAUAAUCUUUACUAGCAUAAAGAUUGUGGUAGACUCCGGCGUUGUUCGUGUGUCAAAGUUGGAGACCGGACGCUUGAACGGUUACGUUUGCACUUUCAACGCUCUUCCUACGACUUCUUCAUUUUUACCGCUUACGGAGAAAGGUAUAAAUUUCUUACUACUAUAUGUUUUAGUACGUGAUUCUAGGCAAGAUAAUCAUGUUAGGAUGUUAAAAUUUUUAUAUNUUUGUGUAUAGAAAAUAUCUAUAAUAUUUUCUAAAUAUUAUUAGAAAUAUUUUCUAUAGAAAUAUACAAGAUUAUUAUUAUCCCAAAUUUUAAUCUUUAUAUUUUAUACUACUAUAAUCUUUACUAGCAUAAAGAUUGUGGUAGACUCCGGCGUUGUUCGUGUGUCAAAGUUGGAGACCGGACGCUUGAACGGUUACGUUUGCACUUUCAACGCUCUUCCUACGACUUCUUCAUUUUUACCGCUUACGGAGAAAGAUGAAUCUUAAGAUUGUUCUCUAAUGCGAGAAAAGCUCUACGUCCUUACCUCUGAGCCCCCAAAGCUCCUGAAGCGAACGCCCAUGCUGCAAAAAUUACUUCGUACUGAAAGUAUGAAGAUGACGCAGGCAAUUAAGCUGGCAACGGGUAACCCAGUUGGUCCCCAUGUUCUCAAGAUGAUCGGUCAGAUCGAAACUCUUGAAAAACUAGACGCCCUGUUGCACCCUAUGCUGGCAACUGAUCUCAUCUUGGGAUCAUUACCAGCUGAGUAUAGUCAAACUAUAGUGAACUUCUACAUGAACAAACUAGAGAUGACUAUGCGUGAGCUACUGAAAUUCCUCACAACUGCUGAGGAGAGUCUAGGGAAGGGCAAGGGUAAGUCUGUUUUGAUGGUAGAGGGCAGUACUGUUGCGAAGAAGAGUGGGCCACGUUCGCCGGCCGGGACCAAGCGCAAGGGUUCUAAGAAACCCAAGCCAGCGUCCAACUCCUCUUCGUUGAAACCCAAAGAAGGAGCUAAGAAGAAGUCUACUUAUGCUAUUAUUGUGGCAAAAAGGGCCAAUGGAGGCGCAACUGCGCAAAAUUACUAGCAUAGAGGAAAGAGGGAAAGAAACCUCGAACCUCAGAUAUCUUCGUUAUUGAAGUAAAUAUGUCUUAUAUCACCUCUUGGGUGAUGGAUACUGGAUGUGGUU